CACAGCCUAUGUCCGGAGAAUAAGACACAAAAUUCCUCACCCGUCUCAGGGUCGGUCUAUCUUUAGCCAAGCGAUUUCUCCAUACCGGCUGGGAAGGAGCUCAGGAGUUUAUGGCCUCAUACUCAGAUAAACAACCUGAGACACCAAACCACCCCAACCCAACCUCUCUCUCUCUCUCUCUCUCUCUCUCUCUCUCUCUCUCUCCCCCCUCCUCCUUGGAGGAUCCCAUCAAACCUGCCAAAGGGCAAGGUGUUUGGUUCCUCCAAUUGCCCUUCUCUCCGUCAUGCCAUGUCCUUCAAGAGAAGGAGAGAUGCAGAGAGAUGCAUUCAGAAUCUCCCAAGCUGAUCACCUUGUUAUGUGAUCAAGGCAAUUCCUCAGCGAAAGGCGACCAAGAGAUGGAGAAGAAAGGGUCAAUCCUGAUGCACCGGUACGAGCUUGGGAGGAUGGUGGGGCAGGGGACCUUCGCAAAGGUCUACCAUGCAAGGAACAUCACCUCUGGCCAGAGUGUGGCCAUUAAGAUCAUCAGCAAGGAGAAGGCCCUGCGAGUUGGCAUGAUCGACCAGAUCAAGCGGGAGAUCGCCGUCAUGCGCCUCGUCCGCCACCCCAACAUUGUCCAGCUCUAUGAAGUCAUGGCCAGCAAGACCAAGAUCUACUUCGUCAUGGAGUACGUCAAAGGUGGCGAGCUCUUCAACAAGGUGGCCAAGGGGAGGCUCAAGGAGGAUGCCGCCAGGAAGUAUUUCCAGCAGCUCAUAGGGGCCGUGGACUUCUGCCACAGCCGGGGAGUCUACCACCGGGACCUCAAGCCGGAGAACCUCCUCCUCGACGACAAUAGCAAUCUUAAGGUGUCAGACUUCGGUUUGAGCGCCCUCAGAGACUCUCACAGGCCAGACGGGCUGCUCCACACAACGUGCGGCACGCCAGCCUACGUCGCCCCAGAGAUCAUCAGCAAGAAGGGGUAUGACGGGGCCAAGGCCGAUAUAUGGUCUUGUGGGGUCAUCCUCUUUGUUCUACUGGCAGGCUACCUACCAUUCCACGACUCCAAUCUGAUGGAGAUGUAUAGGAAGAUUAGCAGAGGAGAAUUCAAGUGCCCUCAGUGGUUUUCUGCUGAUGUUCGUAGGCUUCUAAUAAGAAUCCUAGACCCCAGCCCCAGCACAAGGCUCACUAUUGAGAAGGUGGUAGAGGAUCCCUGGUUUAAGAAGGGAUUCAAACCGACAGUAACAUAUCCGCCGGUAGAUUGCUCGGCCAACCUCACAGAUGUGCGUGAAGCUUUCAGGACUAACUGCGAAGAUGACGAGGGCGACAUAAGAGCUGAAGGAUCUCAGACCAUGAGACCUACUAGUUUGAAUGCAUUCGACAUCAUCUCUCUAUCCCCGGGAUUUGAUCUUUCAGGCCUGUUUGAGAGGGAGAGAAGACAGAAGCCGGAAACUAGGUUUACAACCCAGAAGCCGACAUCUACAAUAGUGUCUAAGCUGGAGGAGAUUGCCGAGAAGGAGCGGUUCAAGGUGAAGAAGAAGGAUGGGAUUCUGAAGUUGCAAGGGAGCAAAGAAGGAAGAAAGGGGCAGCUGGCCAUUGAUGUGGAGAUUUUCGAGGUCACACCCUCAUUUUAUGUUGUGGAGAUGAAGAAAUUGGCUGGAGAUACAUUGGAGUACCACAAGUUCUGCAACCAAGACCUUAGGCCUUCGCUGAGGGAUAUUAUUUGGACUUGGCAAGGAGGGGAUCAGCAACAGCUCCCAGUGCUGCCUCUGGCGCCACCACCUCAGCCUCAACCUUGACAGAUGAUCUUCCCAUCUUGUGGGUCCAUCAUCCUGAUGUUUCAAGCUUCCGUUUUUAUUUUAUUAUAGUAUUCCAAGGAUAUCAUAGGUUUUGCUCAUUGGAGCAAUAUACUCUACUACCUUUUUUUUUUUUGUUCCUUUAACUUGCACUUCGUAAGCAAUAGAGUUUUUUUUUUUGUGAUGAAAAGGGAGGGGGUGGGUACCCACCCUAUUUUCAUUUAGGUGUAAAUGGUAUUUCUCCGGCUUCCAGCAGCCGCCCUCUUC